AUGGCUGUGACCUCCAAAGCCUUCUUGAGGCGGUUCUUCAAUGAAUCAGCCGCGUCAUACCGCAAGGCCAAGAUGGCGCUCACCUCACGGCAGCAUGACAGCCCUCCACUAAGCCCGACUGUAUCUGCGGCUUCUGGGGAGGAAUCCUACCUGUAG